AUGUCUCGAUACCCAGACUUCCUCUCCCCCAGCACCACUCCAGCGGGCACGCCGACCAAGCUCUCCAAGGCGCAGCGAUCCCGGCAGCGCCGCGAGCCCUCUGGCGUCUUCUCGCUCUUCUCGCCGCCCCAGAUCCAGCAGUUCCGCGAGGCGUUCUCGCUGAUCGACAACGACGGGGACGGCGUCGUCAACGAGCAGGAUCUGAAGCACGUCUUCACUAGCCUAGGCAUCACCCCGUCCAAGGCCACGGUCGACGACCUCCUGGCGGACCGGCCGGGGAACAGGCGCGGCAGUGGCCUGCACUCGCGGCUGCCGUCGACCGAGCCGGACGCCGCGGGGGGCGCGCGGGGGAUUACCUUUCCGAUGUUCCUCACCAUGAUGGGCGAGCACCUCUACGACUUUGACACCGAGGCCGAGCUCCUGGAGGCGUUCGAAUGCUUCGACGAGAACGACUCGGGCAUCGUGAAGUGCGACGAUAUCAGAAAGUGGCUGAGCGACGUGGGCGAGCGGAUGGAUCAGCGGGAGAUAGAUAAAUUCUUGAAGGGUCCGUUCACCGACAAGCAGGGCAACUUUAACUACCGGGAAUGGGUAAAGGUCUUGAGGAUUAACGAUGACGCCGAUGAAGCAGAACCUCAAUCAUAA